GUCAAUCGGUGUUUUUUCUUCCGCUGCGCAUGCGUACAGACUGUACACACAUACAUGACAUUCACAGCCCCACGAACGAGAAUGAGAACUUGUCACUUGGCACUGGGCAGCCGCGCAAGCUCCAGCAGCACAGCUGGGGAACGGAAUGGCUUGGGAGGUAUGUUCCGUUACGCGGCCGAAUGACGGGAUUUUGGUGGAGGAGGAGGGGUGGAGGGGUGCGAGGGAUAGAAUGGGAUAUAUAUCGGAAGCACUUCUAUGUGGUGUCUUUCUUUGUUCUGCCUGCCUACCUACCCACCCACCUCAUGCCGGGAGACAGUUCGUUGCUUGACUGACUGAUUGGAUUUGAUUUCACCCGUUCCCGUCCCCGUCCCCGUCCCCGUCCUUGUCCCCGUCCCCGUCCUUGUCCUCAUCCCAGUACCGUGCUUCGUUACCACACACCGAGACACCUCGUUACCACACACGAUGCAUUCCCUCCUUUCGCUCCUGAGCAUCCUCUUCGCAGCUUCGCUCCUUUCCCUCGCACUCGGGCACGGGUCCGCGCUCUCCGCCGAGGCGCUACACAAGCGCUCGGAAGCGCACCUGCUCGCGCGGCGCGCAUUCGGCAGCUGCCAGUCGUCGCUCGCGAAGCGCUCUUUGGACUCUGGCCAGGAACGCCGCGACGAGUUCGUGCGCAGGUUUCAGGGCCAGAGCCAUCCCAAGGAACGACGACAGAAUGCGGCUACCCCAACGCAGAAGAAUAUCGCUACCGGAACUAAUACCGCCUCGCCGUUCUCUGGAAUUCCGACUUGUGUGCUCACGCCCGAGAGUAUGCAGGGGCCUUAUUACCUCCCCGGCGAGCUCAUCCGGCCGGACAUGCGCGAGCAGCAGGCGGGCGUCCCGCUGCUCCUCGACGUGCAGGUGUUCGACGCAAACUCGUGCAAUGUGCUGCCGAACGUGAUGAUCGACUUCUGGCACUCGAAUGCUACGGGCGUGUACAGCGGGUACUCUGUCGAGAACACUGAGGGCGAGACGUGGUUGCGUGGCCUGGCCGAGACGAACGACGAGGGCGUCGCGCAGAUCAUGACGAUAUUUCCGGGGCAUUACGAUGGCCGCGCUAUCCACAUCCACAUAAUGGCGCACAUCGGCGGUUCGGUCCGCACGGACGGGAACAAGCGCACAUACGUCGGCGGGACGAACCCUAUGGUCGGGCAGCUAUACUUCGACAUGGACCUCGUGAACGAAGUUGAGGCUGUCGCACCCUACACGUCCAACACUGUACGGUUGAUCAACAACAACAACGACCGGAUAUUUCGGACGGCGAGCACAGCGGUGGCGGGUUACGACGGGCUGAUGGACGUGCGCAAGCUGGGCUCCAGCGUCAACGACGGGAUCAUUGCGUGGAUCAGCGUCGGCAUCGAUCGCGGCAGGAACCACAACACGGGGUUUUCGGAUACGGGAACGGACACCGGCACUGGCACCGGCACUACUGCGAGUGGCAGGACGACGGUUAGUACUCCGGCGACGGCGACGACGGCCUCCGCAAGAUCCGGCGCUGAUAGAUCGCAGGGCGUGGGAAGUACCGUGUUUGCGGGGAAGAUUGUCGCCUGGGGAAUGGGCGCCGUGGUGGCUGCUGUUGUGCUGUUCGGAUGAUCGGCUGAGGGGCUCGGGUUUCAAUGGAGUUGGGGAGUUCAAUCAAUACUUACCUAUGGGGGAGGGGUUCUGUUUACUGCUGUUUCUGUUUUACAAUUUCUGUUUACUGCAAGUUUUCUGAAUACCCAGAUCGUCGAGAAUGAUGCCUUGAAGCACUCUACCUAGAGUCUACAGUAG